AUGCGCAGAGAAGCUGGGGUCCGCCUCUUCGCGGACUUCUCCCGGGGAUCAGAAGUCUGCGGAGUCCCUCCCACUCCAGCCACACUGCCCUCUCCCAAGUGGAGAGCCCGGCCGCUGCUGCCGCUGCUGCUGCCGCUGCUGCCGCUGCUGCUCACGGCCGCCGUCCCGCCCGGCCGCGCCCCGGGGCCGCCGGAGGAUGUGGACGAGUGUGCCCAAGGGCUAGAUGACUGCCACACCAAUGCCCUGUGUCAGAACACACUCACCUCCUACAAGUGCUCCUGCAAACCUGGCUACCAAGGGGAGGGCAGGCAGUGUGAGGACAUUGAUGAAUGUGAAAAUGAGCUCAACGGAGGCUGUGUCCAUGACUGUUGGAAUAUUCCAGGCAAUUAUCGCUGCACUUGUUUUGAUGGCUUCAUGUUGGCUCAUGACGGUCAUAAUUGUCUUGAUGUGGACGAGUGCCUGGACAACAAUGGCGGCUGCCAGCACACCUGCGUCAACGUCAUGGGGAGCUACGAGUGCCGCUGCAAGGAGGGGUUUUUCCUAAGUGACAAUCAGCACACGUGCAUUCACCGCUCAGAAGAAGGUCUGAGCUGCAUGAAUACGAAUCACGGCUGUAGUCACAUCUGCAAGGAGGCCCCGAGGGGCAGCGUCGCCUGCGAGUGCAGGCCUGGGUUUGAGCUGGCCAAGAACCAGAGAGACUGCAUCUUGACCUGUAACCAUGGAAACGGCGGGUGCCAGCACUCCUGUGAGGACACAGCUGAAGGCCCAGAGUGUAGCUGCCAUCCACAGUACAAGAUGCACGCAGAUGGGAGGAGCUGCCUUGAGCCAGAGGACCCUGCCCUGGAGGUGACGGAGAGCAAUGCCACGUCAGUGGCGGAUGGGGAUAAACGGGUGAAACGGCGGCUGCUCAUGGAAACCUGUGCUGUCAACAAUGGAGGCUGCGAUCGCACCUGUAAGGAUACUUCAACAGGUGUUCAUUGCAGUUGUCCCGUUGGAUUCACUCUCCAGUUGGAUGGAAAGACCUGUAAAGAUAUUGAUGAGUGCCAGACCCGCAAUGGAGGUUGUGAUCAUUUCUGCAAAAACACCAUGGGCAGUUUUGACUGCAGCUGCAGAAAGGGAUUUAAAUUAUUAACAGACGAGAAGUCUUGCCAAGAUGUGGACGAAUGCUCUUUGGAUAGGACCUGUGACCACAGCUGCAUCAACCACCCUGGCACAUUCACGUGUGCUUGCAACAAAGGGUACACCCUCUACGGGUUUACCCACUGUGGAGACACCAAUGAGUGCAGCAUCAACAACGGAGGCUGUCAGCAGGUCUGUGUGAACACGGUGGGCAGCUACGAAUGCCAAUGCCACUCUACGUACAAGCUCCACUGGAAUAAGAAGGACUGUGUGGAAGAGAAGGGGGUCCUGCCCACUAGUGUGUCACCCCACGUGUCCCUGCAUUGCGGUAAGAGUGGUGGAGGAGAGAGGUGCUUCCUCAGAUGUCACUCUGGCAUUCAUCUCUCUUCAGGACUGCAAGAGGCCUACUCUGUCACGUGCGGCUCUUCCUCUCCUCUCAGGAGCAAACAGCAAAAAUCAAAUGACUCUGCUUUUGGGGAUGUCGCCACCGUCAGGACAAGUGUAACCUUUAAGCUAAAUGAAGGCAAGUGUAGUUUGAAAAAGGCUGAGCUGUUUCCCGAGGGUCUGCGACCAGCACUACCAGAGAAGCACAGCUCAGUAAAAGAGAGCUUCCACUACGCAAACCUUACAUGCAGCUCCGGCAAGCAAGUCCCAGGAGCCCCUGGCCGACCGAGCGCCACUAAGGAAAUGUUUAUCACUAUUGAGUUUGAGCUUGAAACUAACCAAAAGGAGGUGACAGCAUCUUGCGAUCUGAGCUGCCUCGUGAAGCGAACAGAGAAGCGGCUCCGGAAAGCCAUCCGCACGCUCCGGAAGGCUGCCCAGAGGGAGCAGUUUCACCUCCAGCUCUCAGGCAUGGACCUUGAAGUGGCUAAAAAGCCUCCCAGAACAUCUGAACGCCGGGUGGAGUCCUGUGCAGUGGGCCAGGGCCACGUAGGAAACCAAUGUGUCAGUUGCAGGGCUGGGACGUAUUAUGAUGGAGCACAAGAACGCUGCAUUUUAUGUCCAAAUGGAACCUUCCAAAAUGAGGAAGGACAAAUCACAUGUGAACCGUGCCCAAGACCAGACAAUCCUGGGCCCCUGAAGACCCCAGAAGCUUGGAAUGCGUCUGACUGUGGAGGUCUGUGCCAGCCUGGUGAAUACUCUGCGGAUGGCUUUACACCCUGCCAGCCCUGUGCCCUGGGCACAUUCCAGCCUGAAGCCGGCCGUACUUCCUGCUUCCCCUGUGGAGGAGGCCUCCCCACCAAACACCUGGGAGCCACUUCCUUCCAGGAAUGUGAAACCAGAGUUCAGUGUUCCCCUGGACAUUUCUACAACACCACCACUCACCGAUGUAUUCGUUGCCCGGCAGGAACAUAUCAGCCUGAAUUUGGAAAAAAUAGUUGUGUUUCUUGCCCAGGAAAUACUAUGACUGACUUUGAUGGCUCCACAAACAUAACCCAGUGUAAAAACAGAAGAUGUGGAGGGGAGCUGGGAGAUUUCACCGGAUACAUUGAAUCCCCGAACUACCCAGGCAAUUACCCGGCCAACACUGAGUGUACGUGGACCAUCAACCCACCCCCCAAGCGCCGCAUCUUGAUUGUGGUCCCUGAGAUCUUCCUGCCCAUAGAGGACGACUGUGGAGACUACCUGGUGAUGCGGAAAACCUCUUCGUCCAAUUCUGUGACAACAUAUGAAACCUGCCAGACCUACGAACGCCCCAUCGCCUUCACCUCCAGAUCGAAGAAGCUGUGGAUUCAGUUUAAGUCCAAUGAAGGGAACAGUGCCAGAGGGUUCCAGGUCCCAUACGUGACAUACGAUGAGGAUUACCAGGAACUCAUUGAAGACAUAGUUCGAGAUGGCCGGCUCUAUGCAUCUGAGAACCAUCAGGAGAUACUGAAGGAUAAGAAACUGAUCAAGGCUCUCUUUGAUGUCCUGGCCCACCCCCAGAACUAUUUCAAGUACACAGCCCAGGAGUCCCGGGAGAUGUUUCCAAGAUCCUUCAUCCGAUUGCUACGUUCCAAAGUGUCCAGCAUUGUGGAUGUGGACGGAGGAUGGCUUUGAGGCGCACCUGCUUCCCAUUGCUGAGGGCGGAAGUCUUGGCUCCAUCAAGGGCUGGCUGAGCUGGACUUCAGUCAGCUCAGGUGAGACUCGCCUGUCCUUCUUGGUUCUCACUCCUCCUCGAGGGGCUGUGCUGGAAAGGAGGCCACAGGAGGGGCUGCCUUGUCUGAAACUUCAGCCUCCUCCAGCCCAACCCUCCCUAAGGGAGGCCUCUGCACCCGGAGGCAGGCUCUGACCAGGCAGGGUGAGAAAGGAGGAAGGGAAGGAGGGAGAGCCCUCCAGGUGCCACCCACCCACCUGAGACCGGGGAGGACUCUGUUUCUCCACAGUCUCUCCAGCCUGUGUGACCUAAGUUUGAUCCCAGGAGCUUGAGUUCUAAGCAGCGAUCAUUAAAAAUACUUAGAGCAGAAAGAAUUAGAAAUAAAAAGAUAAAAACUAAGCACUUCCACAGACAUAAUAAUGCAGGUCUAUUGACGGCCUUCCUGGUUGCCAGCUUCCCCCUGUAGCAAGUGCACGUGCUGGUUAGCACCUCCAGCUGUGCCUUUAGACCCUCUGAUGGGCACUGCAUUUGGGCCUCAAGGGCUCAGCUCAGAUGUGAUCUCGUUGGUGGAUAAAGAUCUUCUACCAUCGUGAAAAGGAGAUUUCACAAACCCUGAGUCAGUACUGCCCAGAGUCUGGCUUCCACGGUGGGCUUCCCACCACAGGGCGUCCAAGGUCCGGGAGGACAUGGUGCAGAGCAGCCUGUCAGGGACACCUUCCUUCCUCACUCUCCAAGGUCAGAGACUGUGUCAGCUUGGAGGACAGGAGCAGUGCCACUAACCGUGGUCUCACUCUCUUCAUGGUCACAUCACUGCCGGAAGCAGUGACACAGAUCUGGCCUCUAAGUCCCGCAGAAUCAUCUCACUUUUGGUCAGCACAGGGGGGGGCCUCACAAUCACUUUCUCCCAUGGGAAUUUAAAUUUUCAAUAUUAUUGAAUUUUAAAAAAUUUAAAUCCACAGGCAAAAAUCUCAUUACAGUGAACAAAACAAAUCCUAUCAAACAAGCUGCCAUUUCCCUAAUGAAUGGGCUGACGACACACAACCAUAGUCUUUUCUUAUUUCAGUAAAAAACUAACUCUGUACACAAUCAAUUCUCUACAGCAGAGUACUAAAAAAGACAGUUAACAAAUGUUUUUGUAGAAAACAAAGACUAUUUCAUUAUUGUUGAACUCACUUUUCACCUUGUGGUUUUUUAGCCUAUUAGUAACACUGAUUUCUUUUUAAGCCCUAAUCAAAUUUUUCUUCUUUAUUUGGAUGAGUCCUAAAUAUCCAUUUCCAAAUUUCUCUUCAAAACUUGGAACAUCGUCAUUUUUUAACAUAAUCAUUAAUGCAAGCACUUGGAGUUUAUAAUACUGGAACUUGGCCUACCUUUCUGAGUCUAAUCGUAAGAUGAAAAGUCAAAUGUAACAUAACCUGAGUCAGUGACCUGACGGAUGUGGAGGUGGAUGAGCUGAACUGCACCACCUGUCCAAGCACGUUAGUAACUUUGUGCUCACGACUGUCUGAUUCUGUAUUGCUGAGUUCACAAGGCGGCUAGGGAUGGGAAGACACAGGGGGUUGGAAGGAGGCUGCAGAAGCCUGGUCUCUGUGAAGCAUCCUCUGGGAAAAGGCCCAUGUACCAGAGCUGUGUUCCUGGUAUGGGCACAAGCCGUGGAGGCCCUCCGGAAGCUUCCUCUUUCUACCUGUCCACCACCCUAAGAGAUGCUAUGGUCCUGCUGGAAGGCUGACUGACUGGGGCUACUGCUACGACCUGCUGAACCAAUAAAUAUUUAUUGAACAUCUGCUCUGUGCCAGGCAAUGUUCUAGGCCCUGGGGAUGCACAGUGACAAGAUGGACAAGGUCCCUGCACUCACAGAGCUUACAUUUUAGAGGGAGGAUACAGUGAACAAAUAAAUUACCAUGAAAAGUAUCAACCAGUAGUAAGUGCUAUGUUGAAAAUUAAAACAGUUUGCUGUAACAGAUCACUGCAUGGCUCCUUUAGGUUUGGGGAUUGUGGAUGACUUCUCUGGGGAAAUGAUAUUUCAACUGAAAACUAAAUGGCAAGAAGGAACCAGCCUUGGGAAAAUCAGGGGGAAGAGCAUUCCAGAAAGAGGAAAGCCAAGUGCAAAGGCUGUCGGGCAGGAACAAGCAUGGGGUGGAUCACAGCCUAGUGAGAAGGCGAGUGGUAUAAGAUGGCGCUGGGGAACUUGACAAGGGCCAGAGCACCUCGAGCUUUGGAAUCCAGAAUGAGGGGUUGGGCUUAAUUCUAAAGACACUGUGAAGCUUUUGGAGGGGUUUAAGCAGAGAAGUGGGACGAUCUGAUUUAUGUUUUUAAAAGAUAGCUCUGGUUACUGUUUGAAGAAUGGAUUUUAGAAAGCAGGCAUGGAGGCAGGGAGCCGCUAACAAACUACUGCGACCAGCCGAGCAGUCAUCCAGUGGGAGAUGAGGUUGUCUGGGUGAAGGUGGUGGUAGCGGAGAGGAAAGAAUAGAAGGAUUCUGGAUGUGUUUUGGAGGAAAGUCAACAGAACUUCCUGAUGAGGACUGGAUGGAAGGGGAAGGGAAAGAUAGCAAUUAAACAUGACUCCUAGCUACUGGAGCAACUGGUGGAUGGAGAAGACUGCAGGAGAAGCAGGUUUGGGACAGUUUUAAAAUAUGUCCACAGAUUCUUUGAUGCACCUUCCAUGGAAAGUUGGGGGUCUUCUUCCCCUCCCCUUGAAUCUGGGCUGUGACUGCUUGACCAAUAUUAUAUGACAGAAGUAGAGUUUUACCAGUUCUGGACCCACAACUUAAGACACUGGCAAUUUCCACUUCCUUUCCUUGGGGAACUCACACUGGGAACUCUGUCACCAUGCCUUAAGGAAGCCAUAAAAGCUUGUGGAGAGGCCAUGUGAAGAGGAACCAAGGCCCCCUGCCCACAACCCAGAUGAGCUCUCAGGUGACAGCUAGCAAAACUUGCUACAUGAGUGAGCCACCUUGGGAAUGGAUUCUCCAGGUGAUGCUUCCUGGAGCAGUCCCCAUUGAGCCAUACCCAAAUUACAGACCUGUGAGCAAAAUCAAUGAUUAUUAUUGUUGUAAGUCACUAGGUUUUGGGUGAUUUCUUGUGCAAUAAUAAGACACUGGAAAAGAAGAGAUCGAGAGUUCAGUUUGGGCCAUUCUAAGUAUGAGAUGCCUAUUAGACAUCCAAAUGGAGAGUUCAAAUAGGCAAUUGGUUCUGUGAAGCCCCGGGAGAUGUCAGGGCUGGAAUAUGAAUUUUAAUGUCACAGAAUAAAGACAUGAGACUGGUUGAGGUCACUUCAGAAAAGAAUGUAGGUGAAAGAAGACCAGGGAGCUCUGAAUCCUAGUAUUCCCUGUGUGGGCUCAGGGACCAGGACUCAGAGGAGCUGCUUAUGAAGUGAACGGGGAGAGGUCAGAGCGGAGCUUCAGCUUCCCUCCAAGAGAGCUGGUUCUGUGGGAGAACUCUGAGUGGGAGUGGAAUCUGUACAAGUCCUUCCUUGCAGCUGUGGCUACUGCUCCUGAACCAUUUACUGAACUGCUGCCUUCAUGGAUUUAGCAACGUUUCCCUUGAAUUUCCAAUGCUAAUAAAAGAGUGUUUGCCUUUUCACACUAA